AUGACCAUCAUCAACAUCACCAGUGUCCAUCAGUCAUCUGUCUGUGCUAACAGGUCCUUCUUUCCACCCGGUUUCAAACUCACAUGGAGUGAUGAUUUUGUUGGACAAGCCAACUCUCUUCCGAACCCGUCAAACUGGGUCGUUUCCACGGGUACGUCUUACCCAGGGGGCGCAUCAAAUUGGGGCACUGGCGAGAUUCAGACUUAUACAUCUGAUCCACAAAAUCUCAAACUCAGUGGGAACGGCACACUCCAGAUCACAGCCAUCAAGAGCGGUUCAAGUUGGACCUCAGCUCGGAUUGAGACGCAGCGGACGAACUUUCUGGCUGAGGCUGGCGGUAAAAUGCGAAUCCAAGCGAGUCUCAAUUUGCCAGAUAUGGGAGAAGCUUGUGUUGGCUAUUGGCCAGCUUUCUGGACACUAGGGGCGGAUUUCCGUGGGAACUAUCAAAACUGGCCAUCUAUUGGAGAAUUCGAUAUUCUGGAGAACGUCAACUGCAAGCCAACUACAUUUGGUACUCUUCACUGUGGAACAAACCCGGGGGGUGUUUGCAAUGAGACUACUGGCCUGUCAGGGUCGAUUACUCCGAAGUCAUUGCCACAAGGCAACUUCCACACUUACACCUUUGAGAUCGACCGCACAACGACAGGCCAAGAGGCUAUGCGCUGGUUUGUGGACGAGGAACAGUAUAAGCAGAUUAAACAGUCGGAAUUGCCUGAGGAUGUGUGGGCCCAGAUCGCACACAAGGGACACUUCGUUUUGAUGAACUUAGCUAUCGGCGGGUCUUUCCCGAACAAGGAUUAUGGAGCGGACGCAACACCUUUGGAAAAUACUGCGUCGGGUGGCGUUUAUCAGGCGGAGUAUGUGGCAGUGUACAACUCGGCUUGA